GUGCCGGGCUACAGACAGGAGCAGGUGGAGAAGGGCCUGAAGCUGUUCGGCCAGCUCAUCAACAACAAGGUCUUCCUGCUCUCAUUCAUCCGCACGCUCGAGUCGCAGCGCGGCUUCUCCAUGCGCGACCGCGGCAACGUGGCCUCGCUCAUCAUGACAAUGCUGCAGAGUAAACUGGAGUACGCCACCGAUGUCCUCAAGCACCUGCUCUCUGACCUCAUCGACCGCAACCUGGAGAGCAAGAACCACCCCAAGCUGCUGCUCCGAAGGACGGAGUCUGUGGCAGAGAAAAUGCUGACCAACUGGUUCACCUUCCUGCUAUACAAGUUCCUAAAGGAGUGUGCGGGCGAGCCCCUCUUCUCCCUCUUCUGUGCCAUCAAGCAGCAGAUGGAAAAGGGGCCUAUAGACUCCAUCACUGGCGAGGCGCGCUACUCGCUGAGCGAGGAUAAGCUCAUCAGACAGCAAAUCGACUACAAGAUGCUGGUGGUGAACUGCAUCCACCCGGACAAUGAGAAGAGCCCUGAGAUCCAGGUGAAGGUGUUGAACUGUGACUCCAUCAGCCAGGUGAAGGAAAAGAUCCUGGACGCCAUAUACAAGAACGUUCCCCACUCCCACCGACAGAAGGCCUCUGACAUGGACCUAGAGUGGCGCCAGGGCAGAGGUCAGCGUACGAUCCUGAUGGAUGAAGACCUCUCUACCAAGAUUGAGAGCGACUGGAAGAGACUCAACAUGCUUGCUCACUACCAGGUGCCUGAUAACUCUGUGAUGGCCCUGGUCCCCAAGCAGGUGACGGCCUACAACUCGGUCAACAACUCAACUGUGUCCAGAACCUCAGCCAGUAAAUACGAGAACAUGAUCAAGUACACGGGGAGCCCCGACAGCCUGCGCUCGCGCACGCCCAUGAUCACGCCCGACCUGGAGAGCGGGGUCAAGGUGUGGCACCUGGUAAAGAACCACGAACACGGAGACCAGAAGGAGGGAGACCGCGGCUCCAAGAUGGUCUCUGAGAUAUACCUGACCAGGCUGCUGGCCACUAAGGGCACUUUACAGAAGUUUGUGGACGACCUGUUUGAGACCAUCUUCAGCACGGCCCACCGAGGCAGCGCCCUGCCCCUGGCCAUCAAGUACAUGUUUGACUUCCUGGAUGAGCAGGCUGACAAGCACAGCAUCCAUGACCCGCAUGUCAGACACACAUGGAAAAGCAACUGCCUACCUCUGAGGUUCUGGGUGAACGUGAUCAAGAACCCCCAGUUUGUGUUCGACAUCCACAAGAGCAGCAUCACGGACGCCUGUCUGUCUGUGGUGGCCCAGACCUUCAUGGACUCCUGCUCUACCUCAGAACACCGCCUGGGCAAGGACUCCCCCUCCAACAAGCUGCUCUAUGCCAAGGACAUCCCCAGUUACAAGAGCUGGGUGGAGAGGUACUACUCAGACAUCAGUAAGAUGCCAGCCAUCAGUGACCAGGACAUGAAUGCGUACCUGGCAGAGCAGUCCCGGAUGCACAUUAACGAGUUCAACAGCAUGAGCUCCCUCAGUGAGAUCUACUCCUACGUGGGCAAAUACACAGAGGAGAUUGUUUGUGCGCUGGAGCAGGACGACGCCGCCAGGAAACAGAGACUUUCCUUCAAGCUGGAGCAGGUGGUGGCCUUCAUGAGCCUGGAGAGCUGAGGACCGCACUUCCCAGGGCGCACUGGGAGACCCGUCAGAAACCGAGCUGUGCCUGAGCAAAGACCUGUCCAUCUAUCUCUUCACCAUCGUCAUCAGCAUCAGAACUCUUCUCCGUUUCAAAGACAACACAUAUUGUCCUGUUUUCUUCCUCAUCUUCCUCUUCCUCCUCUUCCUGACAAGUGUUUGGCAUCUCAUCUGCUCAGCUUCAUAGGACGUGCAGAGAAGACUGGCUGACAGACUGACUGGAGGGUCGGCGGAGCUGGGGACUGCUUUUCCCACCAUGCAAUGGGAGGGCCUCAUCCCAGCUUUGCUGCGUAGAAGAGUCUGAUAGAGGGGUGGUUGUUUGCCAGCUCGCCGUAUCGGCAUCAUUUACACUGUAAUGUUGGGGGAGAAACAAACACUCUAUUUAUGUUGCCUUUAAAAAUAACACUGAUGACUAAGUCUUUUGCCACCACAAUGUUGGGAGUCAAUUUGUUCAGACUUUCUGAACAGGAUAUUAGUCUAUGAAACUGCUACAGAGUCCAGUUAAUUGUAGUUAAUAGUCAACAUCACAUCAAACGUGGAAAAACAAAGUGGUGUUAUAUAAAUGAGGAAACCAAAAUGACCACCUCGGAAGA